AUGAGGAGACAUCGUUCGGGGUCUUCUCCUUCGCCGUACCGGGCGCUUUCAAACCAGAAUGGCGGCGGUCACGGCGCAGGGGGGAUUCCUGACUCCAUGUCAUUAAUCAGAUCUUUCAAUGUCGAAGCCACACCGACCAGACCGGUGCGCCCCUCGCCGUUGACGGCUUCAACUAUUCGCGACAUGCCGCUUGACCUAGUCGAUCGGAUCAGAUCUUUCCCAUUGUUCCAGUCUGCCUCGGAAGACUUUCUCGCCGCCAUUGGCAACCAUCUGAGGCCGCAGGUCCAUGCAGCCCAAGAUACCAUCCUUCACGAAGGUGAAGAUGCUAGAGCCAUGUACUGGAUCGUGCGUGGCGUCGUUGCCGUUACCUCGCGUGAUGGCGAAGCUGUCUUUGCCGAACUCAAGGCAGGUUCCUUCUUUGGCGAGAUUGGCGUACUCAUGGACGUCCCUCGUACUGCGUCAAUAGUCGCGCGGACAAAGUGUCUGCUCGUCGUUCUAAAGAAGGAGGAUCUACAGACUGAGCUGCCACGUUUCCCUGAAAUGGAGCAGGCUAUUCGCCAGGAGGCUCAAGAGAGGCUCAACAUCCUUAAGAAGAAACGAAAGGAAAGUAGUCACUCCGACAAGUCUCCUCCCAUAGGUACAAGUAUUUCGAGAGAGCCUGUACCUGGCGAGGUGUCCACGGGCGAGGUGGGCAUGAUCAAAGAAGGAUCUGUUCACAACUCCAAAAAACGGAAGUCGCCGAGCCCAGGCGCCAUCGAGGACCCUGCUGCCGGCAGUGCCCUUGGAAGCGGCUUCGUUAAUGUGCGCAAGACGCUCAAAGAAUUUCCUCUUUUCUCGACCCUACCCUCCGACAUUUUGCACUUUCUCGGACUGAGCGCCCAACCCAAAACAUAUUCACCUUUUACCGACAUAGUACGUCAGGGCGCUCCCGGCAACGACAUCUUCUUCAUUGUUCGCGGUGAAGCUGAAGUGGUGCGUGAGCCUGCCAAAUCAGAGGACCCGUUCAGGAAGAUGCCUAGAGGAUCGUACAUUACCCCGCGGUUAAAGGCAGGACAGUACUUUGGAGAAGUGGCCAGUCUGGGCCUCUCCGAGGGUCGAACUGCCUCUGUACGUUCAAUCACGACUGUUGAGUGUCUCAUGAUCGACGGCGAUGCUCUGGAAGAGCUCUGGAAGAUGUGUCCUCCCGACAUCAAGUUGCAGGUUGAGGAGACAGCUCGAAAGCGAUACAGAAAGACGGAUGAAGAUGUGGAUAUGAAUGAUGUCAACAUGGAACAGCAACGAAGUAAGUCUGAUCCUCCGACGCCUACAACUCCGAAAGUCCUUCCUCACGUCACGUUCACCACACCCUCAAAACCUACGUCACCAACAAGAGAAGAUGGCGGAGAAACCAUGGAACCCAAAGAUCCCGACCCUUAUCUGAGUGUCAACAUGGAGAAUUUACGAAACCGGCGGAGAAAUUCCCUCGCGCCACCGACGCCGCAACCCGAUGCACCAUCACCUAACGUAUUGAAUGGGAGGUAUCAACCGCUCGACACGACUCCGAUCCGAUUUGGCAUCCCUCAGUGGCCAUCAGACUCUGAAGAAGUGCCGCCGAAACGAGCCAGGAUCCUCCCCCACCGACCACUUUCGAUGCAAACACCAUCUCUGCCAGACAAGAUUCUGGUCAGUGCUCUGCAGUUGAUGAGCGUGGGCGAGCUGGUCCGACUUCGGGUCGUAUCAACGCACUGGCGCAAGGUGAUCGAGAAGGACCCGGGAGUGUGCAUUAAUGCUGAUCUCUCCCCGUAUAACCGGAGGGUGACGGAUCAUAACGUCAGGACUGUCAUUGGGCCCUUUUUGGGCAACCGACCGGAAAUGAUUGAUAUCAGCAAUUGCUUCCAUCUGACCGACGAAGGGUUCAAAUCGCUCUGGGAGCAAUGCGGACGCAAUGUGAAGCGAUGGAGAAUGAGAUCCGUGUGGGACGUGUCGGCCAAUCAGAUUCUGGAAAUGGCCGAAAACGCCAAAGAUCUCGAGGAGGUGGACUGGAGCAACUGCAGGAAAGUUGGUGAUAACCUCCUAGCCCGGGUUGUUGGAUGGGUGGUGCCUGAACCCCCGCCACCGCCCCCACAAAACAAGCAAGUGGUUAUCUCGAGUUCAAACGCCAGAGGUCGGAACCAGAAGCAACAAACCCGUCCUGCUGCCAACAUUCCCAAGCCUGGUACGGUCAUCGGAUGCCCCAAGUUGAAGCAUCUUAACCUUUCGUACUGCAAGCAUAUCACCGACCGCUCCAUGGCUCAUAUGGCUGCACACGCUUCGACCCGCCUGAGGUCACUGUCCCUCACACGUUGCACAUCCAUCACCGAUGCUGGAUUUCAGUCCUGGGCACCCUUUCGCUUUCUCGGCCUCAAUCGACUGUGCCUUGCCGAUUGCACAUAUCUGUCUGAUAACGCAAUUGUCGCGCUCGUGGGGGCCGCGAAGAACCUGACCCAUCUUGAUCUUUCGUUCUGCUGCGCCCUGUCCGACACGUCUACCGAGGUUGUUGCGCUCGGCCUUCCUCUUCUGCAGGAACUGCGGCUCGCAUUCUGUGGCAGUGCCGUAUCGGACGCCAGCUUGCAAUCCGUUGCGCUGCAUCUGAACGAGUUGCAGGGCAUCUCGGUCCGUGGCUGCGUGCGAGUCACCGGCAAUGGCGUCGAGAAUCUGCUCGACGGCUGUGGACGGCUGACUUGGGUCGACGUCAGCCAGUGCCGCAACCUCGAGGGGUGGAUCCGCACCGGUGGUGUGGCGCGCUGGGGCUUUGACGAGCGAGGCGGUAAUGGCCUGCCAUCGCCCAGCUCUUCUGACGACGGAGACCGGCCAAAGCUCAUGGCGAGGGCUAUGUCGAUGAGCAAAAGUUCGAUGGGACACAACGUGGGAGUUCCAGGCCGUACGAUGAGUUUCCGCAGACGAACAAGGAAGCCGGUUCGAUUUAUCGUCGAAAAGGGAACCGGAGUAUUACGUUGA